AUGGAGCCAGGACAGGAGCGAGCUGCCCCCACCACUAAAGAGGGGCUCAAACAGAUCGCAGGAAAGGCCCUCGGGAACCUGUACAGGAGGCUCGAAAAGCGGCAGCAAACAAGUGAGGCGAUCGAGCUGACGGAGGAUGGGAGACCCUCGGCGGACCCGGAGCGGAAGACGCCCCUGUGUGACUGCACGUGCUUCGGGCUCCCGCGCAGAUACAUGAUCGCUAUGCUGAGCGGCAUCGGCUUCUGCAUCUCUUUCGGGAUCCGGUGUAACUUGGGUGUGGCCAUCGUCAGUAUGGUCAAUAACCACACGAUCCAUCAGAACGGCAAGAUCAUCAUCAAAGAGAAAGCGAAAUUCAACUGGGACCCAGAGACUGUGGGGAUGAUUCAUGGCUCCUUCUUCUGGGGUUACAUCGUCACUCAGAUUCCAGGAGGAUACAUAUCCUCCAGACUGGCUGCAAACAGAGUUUUCGGAGCUGCCAUCGUGCUGACAUCCACCCUGAACAUGUUCAUCCCCAGUGCCGCCCGCACUCACUUCGGAUGUGUCAUCUUUGUGAGGAUAUUACAGGGGCUGGUGGAGGGAGUAACUUACCCAGCAUGCCAUGGGAUCUGGAGUAAAUGGGCUCCACCGCUAGAAAGAAGUCGUCUGGCAACCAUCUCCUUCUGUGGAUCGUACGCUGGUGCAGUGAUAGCCAUGCCUCUGGCUGGGAUCCUGGUCCAGUACACAGGAUGGUCCUCUGUCUUCUAUGUGUACGGAUGCUUUGGGAUAGUCUGGUACUUGUUCUGGGUCUUGACUUCCUACGAGAGCCCUGCGGAGCACCCGACCAUCACUGAAGAGGAGCGGCGUUACAUUGAGGAGAGCAUCGGUGAAAGUGCUCAGCUGAUGGGCGCAAUGGAAAAAUUCAAGACUCCCUGGAGGAAAUUCUUCUCUUCCAUGCCUGUCUAUGCAAUUAUCGUGGCCAACUUCUGCAGGAGCUGGACCUUUUAUCUGCUGCUCAUCAGCCAGCCUGCGUACUUUGAAGAAGUGUUUGGCUUUGAAAUCAGCAAGGUUGGAAUAGUGUCAGCACUUCCUCACUUGGUCAUGACCAUCAUCGUGCCCUUAGGAGGCCAGUUAGCUGACUACCUACGGACCCACAACAUCAUGUCCACCACUAUGGUCCGAAAAAUCAUGAACUGUGGAGGAUUUGGGAUGGAGGCCACUCUCUUAUUAGUGGUGGGUUACUCUCACAGUAAAGGGGUGGCCAUUUCUUUCUUAGUUCUGGCAGUGGGUUUUAGCGGCUUUGCAAUAUCAGGUUUUAAUGUCAACCAUUUAGACAUCGCUCCUCGCUAUGCCAGCAUCCUCAUGGGCAUAUCCAACGGUGUGGGUACCUUGUCAGGGAUGGUCUGCCCUCUAAUAGUGGGAGCCAUGACGAAGAACAAGACUCGAGAAGAGUGGCAGUACGUCUUCCUCAUCGCCUCGCUCGUGCAUUACGGAGGCGUGGUGUUUUAUGGGCUUUUUGCAUCUGGGGAGAAGCAGCCAUGGGCCGACCCUGAGGAAACCAGCGACGAGAAGUGCGGCUUCAUUGAAGAGGACGAGUUGGCUGAAGAGACGGGUGACAUCUCGCAGGGAUACAGCGCCAUGGGUGGCGCUCCGGCUAAAAGCUACGGGGCCACUGCACAGCUGAACGGAGGCUGGGUGCAAGACUGGGAUAAGACGGAGGAGUAUGUGCAGGAACCGGCGGGGAAGAUGUAUUCUGAGCGUGGCUACUCUUAAAACAGUGGGGAGUCUGCUGUCCCCCCCACCCUAACCCCUCCCCAAAAAAGUAGACUCUCCAUCUUGGAUUGCACAAAUAAGCAUUAUCAUAGAUAUUUAAAUCCAUUCUGUGUAUUCAAGUAAAACGGUUACUAGUUUCAAAAAGCCAAUGUAAAGAAAUAGUUUAUUGCAAAGCAGAACAAUCCUCAUUAGAUUGUCCCAUGUUUCUCAUCACAUCUACCGACUGUAGGGCUUCACUACACAGAGAGCGGCUGCAAAGAAAUCUGCAAGCCUGUGUUGUACUUCUUCUUAGGCACCCAAACCUCAUCAACCUACUUGAACAUGAGCCAGAUGACACUGCAGUUGACCAUCAUAUAGGGUCUUUACCACUCUGAUUGCACUGAAACUAUAAGUAUUCAAAUACAAGAUUCUAUUCUGUUUCUUAAAUGUGUUUUAUGUACAUGUAUAUACCUGUAUACUGUUUCUGUGAGACUAUUGUGGAUUUUGGGUCGUUGAUCUGUGUUAACAUUGAUAUAAAAGGCCAUAUUUUUCAUGGACAGUACCUUUUCAGGGAGAUGUCUGCUUGCAAAAAAGGUCUUCUUCUCAAGUGAGGCCUGUAAUACACUAUGACAAAAAAUAGCGUGAGUGAAGUUGAGCCGUAGAGUUUUAGUGUGUGUUUGUUUGCAUGAAUUUGCUCAGAUUCAAUGUUUCAGAUGCAGCCGCCACCCACCGGUCAUCGAUAGUCCUCAUUCAGCCUAUAACUGCUUCGUUCUUAGAUAAGUGUCUUCUGCCAUCCUAAAUAAUAAUAAAAUUAACUUUCAUUAUCAGGUUCCAGUCUUGAUGUGAGACUAAUCAAAAAAGUUUUCAAGGCGAUUGCUCAGAAGACAUUGUUUCUUGAUGUUUGGUGUGCACUGCAAUAAAUUCUGUGUACCAGCCGCCACCCAUCACAUUCUGUUUUGUAAUGUAACACUGGCUUGCUGUAUCUAACUGUAAUUGUUUUGGAGUCAUGUGAUGAUUAACAUUAAGGUGUGUGUUAUUACAAAUUACUAGUGUCUGGAGAAUCCAGCUUUAGCGCUCAUGAUGCAGGAAGUGUUGCAUUUUGACAGCGAGGAAUGCAGUACUGUAUAUGAACAACCAGGUUUUUGUGCUCUCUCUCUCUCUCUCUCUCUCUCUCUUGGUGUUUCUUGGUUGUUCUCAUUGUCACCAAAAGUACUUUAUGGACACUUUGAUAUUGUCGCGUUUGAGUGGACCACAUGAAUUAAUAGAUGGCUCUUCCACAUGACUUUAUUUGCUAUUCAAACACUUUCUUUAUUUGCUGUAUGAAAUUCUGCAAGGAUGUUUAAAAUAUAUGAAUAUUUAAGAAUGUUUAAGAUGACCAAAAGAUGCUAUUAUGGCUUUGUGCCUGAAGUUUAUGUAAAACAGAUAAAUGUGAUUUUAUGGCUUCUAAUAUUGUGUUUAAUGAAGAGGUAUGUUGAUGUCAAAAAGUGUUAUAAAAAUACUCAUAUCAUUUUAUAUAAAA